AUACGACACUGGCCACAACAUCAUGAAUCGUAUCACCACAAACGUGGACCAGAAACUAUUGCGUACCACGAAGUUUCCGCCCGAAUUCAAUCAGAAAGUCGACACAACCAAGAUCAAUAUCCCGGUCAUCAAAAAUUGUCUCAAAUACUUUGAGCAUAUGCCUGUCUUGUUGUUAUCCCAGACUGAUGGUGUUGAANGCUGGGCUGCUAGCGAACUGUCAAGAAUUCUGGGAUACGAAGAUGAUGUUGUUAUUAAUCUUCUCUUCGAUCUUCUAGAGGGUUCCAAGAACAUCCAACUUACUGGCUUUCUCGAGAAAGAUGCGGCUCUCUUCUGCAAGGAACUCUGGAAUCUUUGUUUGAGCGCACAAAAGAGCGACACCGGAAUCCCGCAGCAGCUUGUUGAGGCAAAGAAGUUGGAGCUCAUUCAAGAAAAGGAAAGAGCCAUUGAAGCAGCCCGUCAGCGCAGGGACGACGAAAGGAUCCGUGAGAGAGAUUUAGACAACAUUCGCAACCGAGACCGUGAUCGCAGAGAUCGAGGUGGACGAGGACGCGGCCGUGGUGGAGGUCGCGAAUUCGACAGUCGGGUUCUCAGAGACCACUCCAGGUCGCAAUCACCACCAUCCAGACAGGGUUAUGGCUCAGGUGACUUCCAUCGCAACAGAGCUUUACCUAGGGAGACGGAUUCGUAUGUUCCCAUAGGAGAGAACAGUGGCCGAAGAGGUGGAAGACGCCAGCGGUCCCCCUCUAUCACUCGCGGUAGUCCUGUCUCCGCAUCACCUCGCCGUACAUCACCCGUUCGCUCGCGAAGGACUGCACGGCGCAACACCUCGAGUGAGCGCAGCCGCAGCCGUUCUGCAGAGCAUCGGUAUUCCAAGCGACCCGCCGAUCUAGCACGAGGAGAACGCCGGCACCGAGAUCCGUCACCUUAUACGCGAAGACGCUCACCCCCUCCAAAGCGUAGAAGAGACUCAAGCUCUUCCCCCAAACCAAGACGCUUUCGCUCACGUACACCUUCUAGAACUCGACUUAGACACAACGACCGAGAUGGCAAGAGUAGCGUGUCUCCGCCCCUCCGCCGACGUUCCCGUUCAAUCUCUGAAGAUAGGCAGACAAAGCGUGCUAAUGUUGUCAAGGAUCGUCACACCGCUAAAACACACGGAUCCCGUCGCAGUCGCAGUGGACAACGUUCUCGAAGCCGCUCUCGGGAUGAUCGAAAGCGUGCGACAUCUCCGAACAAAGCACGUCAGAGCGACCGAUACGCAUUCGAGACUCACGAGGUCGCGCAGAACAAGAAGCACGACCAACAAGGGGAGAGUAGCGCUGGCGCAGCAGAGGAGGUGGGUAUCGAUUCU